CGGGACCUGCGCGAUUCGCUGCGCUCGCUGUACCUGGGCGAGAACGACCUGCUUGAGCUGCCCCAGGGCCCCGGCGGGCUGCUGGCCGAGUCGCGCCGCCUGUCCGCCCUGGACCUGGACCGCAACCGGCUGGCCGAGCUGCCGGCCGGGUCGCUGCCACCCUCGCUGCACUCCCUGAGCGUGGCCCACAACCUGGUGCGGGAGUUCCCCGUCAAGCUGGUGCAGCAGCUGCCGCAGCUGGGGACGCUGUCGCUGCGCGGCAACGCCAUCGAGGCCCUGCCCAGCGCCGGCUUCCACAACAAGCGCUCGCUCGACCGCCUGGACCUGGGCGACAACCACCUGCAGACGUUCCCCAGCGGCGUCUUCAACGGCUCGCUGCUGGUGCGCGACCUCCACCUGGACCUCAACUACCUCAAGACGCUGCCCGCGCAGGCGCUGCGCGGCUGCAACACGGUGCGCCUCUUCCUGGGCAACAACCGCCUGGAGUCGCUGGACGAGCGCGCCUUCGUGGGCGUGGGCCACACGCUGGAGUACCUGGACCUGGAGGCCAACCAGCUGGGCGUCUUGCCGCACGCGCUGCGCCACCUCAAGCGGCUCAGGUACCUGUACCUGGGGCAGAACGGGCUGCGCGCGCUAGCCAACGACUCGCUGCACGCGUUCGGCGGCACGAUGCGCGCGCUGUCGCUGGCCGGCAACCGCCUGGACGAGAUGCCGUCGACGGCGCUGCGCGCGCUGCGCAAGCUGUCGCACCUCAACGUGGGCUACAACCGCAUCGCCGAGCUGCGCGAGGAGGACCUGGCGGAGUGGGCCGCGCCGCUGGACACGCUGCUGCUGCCCAACAACCGCCUCACCGAGCUCGGCCCCCACGUGUUCCGGCAGGCGCCCCGGCUGCGCGAGCUCAGCAUCUCCUUCAACAAGCUGCGCCACGUGGACCCGCUGGCCUUCGACGGCCUGGGCGAGUCGCUGCUCAGCCUGGAGGCGUCCUUCUGCCUGUACGGCGACCACUUCCCCGAGGAGAUGCUGCAGCCCCUGGCCGCGCUGUCGUGGCUCUCGCUGGACAACAACAACAUCCGCGUGCUCAACGUGACGGCCCUGUACCGCCAGCCCAAGCUGCAGUACCUCAACCUCGAGUCCAACUUCCUGGCGCACCUGCCGCCCGGCCUGUUCCACGCCAACGUGCACGCCGCGCUGGCCGAGGUGCGCCUCGCCUACAACAACAUCGCCGAGAUCCGCGGCGAGACGUUCGCGGGGCUGGCGUCGCUGCAGACGGUGGUGCUGACGGGGAACCGCGUCAAGACGGUGGCGGCGCGCGCCUUCGCGGACGUGCCCAGCCUGGUGAACGUGCUGCUGUCCGCCAACAACCUGGCCGUGAUCGAGGCCCGUGCCUUCGUCAACGCGCCCGCGCUCAAGACCCUGGACUUGCACGGCAACCGGCUCAAGCUGUUCUCCGCCAGCGCCUUCCUCAACGUCACCUCGGAGCACGCGCCGCUCACGCUCAACCUGUCUUCCAACCAGAUCGCGGGGCUGUUCGCUGGCGACACGGGCACGCCGCUGCACCUGCAGGUCCUGGACGUGUCGCGCAACCUGCUGUCCGAGGUGCCCGUCAACUUCCUGAUGCGUGUGUCCGCGACGCUGAGCCGCCUGCACCUGGACCACAACCACAUCGCGCAGCUGGACGGCCACGCGUUCGGCCUGCUGCCCGCCAUCGAGCUCAUCUCGCUGGAGGGCAACGACAUCGCGGCCGUGAUGCCCGGCGCCUUCGAGGGCUACCGCCGCCUGCAGAUCGUGAACCUGGCGCGCAACCGCAUCCACCACCUGCAGCCCGACCAGUUCGCGCGCCUGCCCGCGCUGCGCUUCGUCGACCUGGCGCACAACCGCGUGCGCUCGCUGCCGCGCACCGCGCUGGCCGGCACGCGCGUCGAGCACCUCAACCUGGCCGGCAACGAGUUCGUCGUGGUGCCCAACAGCGCGCUGGAGGAGGUGGGCGACACGCUGCGCUUCCUCGACCUGUCGCGCAACAACAUCGAGCACCUGGACUCCACCGUGUUCCCCGGCACGCCCUGGCUGACGACGCUCAGCCUGGCGCGCAACCGCCUCACCUUCCUGCCGGACAACGUGUUCUCCAGCCUGGCGGGGCUGCUGGAGCUGGACCUGUCGCGCAACACGCUGCGCGCCAACUUCGGCGAGCUGUUCCACUACGUGCAGCAGCUGCGGCGGCUGUCGCUGGCCGAGACGGGGCUGCACACCGCGCCCGCGCUGCCGCUGCCGCACCUGCUGCACCUCAACCUGAGCGGCAACGCCAUCCGCUCGCUGCCCUCGCCGCAGGACGGCCUGCAGCGCCUGCGCGUGCUGCUGCUCAGCCACAACGACCUGCACGCCCUGCCCGCCGCGCCCAUGCUGCGCGAGCUGGACAUCUCCAGCAACCCCAUCAAGUCGCUGACGCGCGAGAGCUUCGCGGGCGUGCCGCGGCUGCAGUCGCUGACGGCGGUGGACCUGCCGCGGCUGGAGCGCUUCGAUUCGGACUCGCUGAGCCGGCUGCGCGCGCUCACGACGCUGUCGGUGCAGACGUGGCCGCGCAUCGAGAAGUACCGCUUCCGCCUGGGCGGCGCGCUGUCGUCCGUGCCGUCGCUGCGCCGCCUGUCCGUGCGCGUCAUGGAGCGCUCCCUCACCGACCAGCUCCUCGGCGGCUUCAACCCCAAGCUGCGCCGCCUCGAGAUCACGGGCCGCAACCUCCACGACGCGGCCGCCGACGCCUUCGAGGGCAUCGAGGACCACCAGGAGCUCGCCCUGCAGAUCCACGGGACGCAGCUGACCGAGUUCCCGCCGGGGCUGUUCUCGCGACUCGAGCGCAUCGCGCACCUGUCGCUCGACCUCCGCGACAACCAGUUCACGUCGCUGUCGGCGGACACCUUCUACCACAACUCCAGCUGGGAGGCUGUCGGGACCAAACUCAUUCCAGGCGGGCUGAACCUGAACGGCAACCCCUGGUCGUGCGACUGCGCGCUGGCGUGGCUGGGCGGCUGGAUGCGGCGCUGGCUGCGCGAGGUGCUGCCAUUUUAA